CAUAACCAGCUCUUUAUAAGCAGAGCACUGGAGAAGACUGCAGACAUUCCAUUUUUGAAAGCAGACAACAGUCAGCCAAGAUGAUUUUUGUUUCAGGACUUGUUUGUUUUCUUCUGGUUCUAACAGCUGAAGCUAGAGUUGGCAACUCCUCUGAGUUAAGCUUCUGCACUGAGACACCAGAGUGCCUGCUAUUCGAUUUGAUUUGUAAGACCAAGGAUUAUGAGGUGCGUCACUAUGACUCUGUGAAAUGGGUCUCAACUAAUGAGAAAUCCUUCUUCAUGGAAAUGGCAAUGCCAGUAGCAUUUAAUCGACUGUUCAAAUACAUCAGUGGUGAGAACCAGAUGGGAAAGAAAAUUCAAAUGACCAGUCCUGUUGUGGUGAAAAUACCAGACAAGAGAUUUUGGCAAAUGGGCACCUACACAAUGAGUUUCCUGCUGCCGACGGAACAUCAGGAAAAUCCUCCCAAACCUACUAAUUCAGACGUGUACAUCACUGACACUCCAGAUAUGAAAGUGUAUGCAUAUAGCUACGGAGGAUGGAUGACGACCUUUUCUGACAGCAGUAAUGCUAAUGACCUGAGUAAAACUCUUGAUUCAGUUAAAGCAAAAUACAAAAAAGGAUCCCACUGUGCUGUUGGAUACAACAGUCCAAUGAGGAUGUUUAACCGCCACAACGAGGUCUGGUUUGUUGCUGAGGACGAGCCGGUGUGUGAAGAAAAAAGCAGUGAGGAAACAGAUUAAUUGACUCACUGUGAAUUGUAAGACCCAUGCAAAAAUAUAAGCUGAAUGCACCGUAUACCUGUGGAUUAACAGCAGCUUGUCUGUGAUUUCCUUCUUUUAAUAAAACUUUAAGCAUUGA